AUGUUUUCAUCUUUGUAUAUAAAUUUAAUUUAUUUAUUAUUAUUUUUACAAUUUUUAUUUUACAAAAUUAUCAAUUGUUGUAUAUAUCCAAGAAGAAGAAAUAACGAUGAUGUUUUGACUUUAGGACCAGGAAGAGGAAAUUGGUAUUUUGUUUUCCUAAUUUGUUUUUUAAUUAAAAUAUUUUUAAGAUUUAAAUUUAGACUUUUAAGAAGAAAGAUUUUGAAAGAAAAAAUGGAAGAAAAAAAGUGUCAUAAUAUUUACAAAUAUUAUUUGAUAAAAUUUAAUUUCAUUAGAUAA